AUGCAGUCGGGUGUGUGUGUAUGUUUUCAUGAAGAUAAGGUGGGAAAGAGUGUUUUAUUAGUGAUUUUCGUGGUUUUAGGAAUUCAGUCGAAAACACGAUGGCAGAGGAGUCUGCUGUCAAGGUGUGCGUAAGGUUUCGACCCUUCAUAAAAAGAGAACUAGCAACUUCUGAAAAUGCGGAGCCAGUUCAGAUAUACUGGAAGGCUGAUGGACAAGCCAUCCAUCAGAUUGAUGACGGAGAUGGGAACCUGUCAAAAAGCUUCACUUUUGACCGGGUCUUCAAAGCGGAGGAAAGCACAAGUCAGCUCUACCAGGACAUUGCCAAGUCUCUGGUGGUCUCCGCUGUUGAGGGUUAUAACGGCACCAUAUUUGCAUACGGUCAGACUUCGUCUGGCAAGACGUUUACAAUGAUGGGCAACGACCUCACACCUGGCGUCAUUCCACUGGCCAUGGAGGACAUUUUCAAGACCAUCUCCAAUUGUCCCAAAAAGGAGUUUCUUCUGCGUGUUAGCUACAUGGAGAUUUACAACGAGACCGUCACAGAUUUGCUGUGUGACAGCUUGAAAAGGAAGCCUCUGGAGGUCCGCGAGGGAAACUAUAAAAACGUCUAUGUGGCCGAUCUUACCGAAGAGCUGGUAACAUCCCCAGAGCAAGCACUAGCAUGGAUUCGCAAGGGCGAAAAGAAUCGACAUUAUGGAAAGACUAAGAUGAAUGAGAGAAGCAGUCGGUCUCACACCAUCUUCCGUAUGAUCAUUGAAAGUCGGGAGAGGAGUGAUCCGUCCUCAGGAGAGAUCUCUGAUGGAGCCAUCAUCGUCUCUCACCUGAAUCUGGUGGAUCUGGCAGGAGCUGAGAGGGCCAGCCAGACAGGAGCUGAGGGUACUCGUUUCAAAGAGGGAUGCAACAUUAAUCGCAGUCUAUUCACACUUGGCCAAGUCAUCAAAAAGCUGACUGAUGAAAAUCAAAAGGGUUUCACGAAUUACAGAGACAGCAAGCUGACGCGCAUCCUGCAAAACUCCCUUGGAGGCAAUGCCAAGACGGUCAUCAUCUGCACCGUCACCCCAGCUGCACAGGAUGAAACCCUUAGCACACUGCAGUUUGCCAGUGCUGCCAAGCGCAUGAAGAACGAUCCUCAUGUCACCGAGGUGUCCGAUGAUGGCGCCCUUUUGAGACGCUACAGGAAUGAGAUCAACGAGCUCAAACAGCGACUGCAAGAGGUUUCUUCGGUCACGAAGACGGCGGCGACUGAGAAGCAGACGCUUUGCCAGCUGCUGCAGGAGAAGGAGCAGCUGCAGCGCGACCAGGAGGACCGCAUCCGCAACCUCACCAAGCUGCUCGUCACCAGCUCCAACUUCGUCCCCGUCAAAAAGGCCCCCAAAAGGCGCAUGACGUGGGGUGGAAAGCUCCUGCGAUCUGCCUUACCCACAGACCUGGAUGACGAAUCAGACACGGUGCUACUGGAGCCCUUUCUCAAGCAACGUUGUGUCGACCUAUCAUCAAUUUCUGAACAAGACGAUGAUGAGUUUGAUGGUCGCUGGGAAAUCCCCCUUGAACGGACGUUGGACCAGAGCAUGGAUCAGAGCGCUGUGACCAGUCGCAAGAGUUCACUCCCAUCGCCUGCUGAGCUUCAGGAGCAGAUGGAGAAGGAGACCCAGCUCAGGCAGGAGCUGCAGCUCCAGCUAGAGAGAGAAGUGCAGGAGAAGCAGGAGCUGCGGCUUCAACUGGAGAAAGAAGCCCAAGAAAAAGAGGACUUGACCACCAAACUAGAGAAAGAAAUGCAAGAAAAACAGGACUUAGCCACUCAACUGGAGAAAGGUGUGGAGGAGAAACGGGACUUCCCCACUCAGCUGGAGAAGGAUGCCCAACAAAAACAGGCCUUAGCCACACAACUGGAGAGGGAAGCCCAAGAAAAACAGGACUUAACCACCAAACUAGAGAAAGAAAUGCAAGAAAAGCAGGACUUAGCCACACAACUGGAGCAGGAGGCCCAAGAAAAACGGGACUUAGCCACACAACUGGAGCAGGAGGCCCAAGAAAAACAGGACUUAGCCACUCAACUGGAGAAGGAAGUGCAGGAAAAGCAGGACUUACAGCUUCAACUGGAGAGAGGUGUGGAGGAGAAACAGGACUUAGCCACUACACUGGAGAGGGAAGCCCAAGAAAAGCAGGAGUUGCAGCUUCAACUGGAGAUGGAAGCUGAGGAGAAGCGAGAAUUGCUCGCUCAAGUCGAGAAAGAUGCUCAGGAGAAACAAGAUCUGUAUCUUCAACUCCAGGUGGAAAAAAUGGAGAAGUCUCAACUGCGGCUCGACACUUCUGGUUUUGAUGAGGCACAAUUACAAUCAGCCCUGGGAGAAUCCAUCCAGUUCUGUGAAACUCUGACCGCUGAGAAAAAAGCCCUGGAGGCCGAGCGUGAUGAGCUGAAGGGGAAGCUUCAGCAGUUCAGGGAGGAGGUGGAGAGGCUGAAGUGGGAGGCGCAGAAGCUGGAGGAGCAGAGGGAGGAAGAUGAGUUUGAGCUCCUGGAGAAGGAGGUGAAGAUGGAGAACGAGGCUGAACUCCAGGCCGAAAUCGCCAAGUGGAAGAGGACGGCAGAAGACUCCAAUGUCCAAGUUCAGCAGCUUAAGGCUGAACUGGAGAUGCUGUCCGACCUGCAAGGCGAUAAGGACCUGGUGCAGGAGGUGAAGCGUCUGCGCCGCUCUCUGGAGGACGCCGAGGGCCUCAGCCUUGAGACCAAGAAAGAGUGGGCCUUCCUGCGCUCGGAGAACCUUGCCCUCAAAGAAAGAGAUGGUGUCCUGAGUGCUGAACAUCAGCACAUGCAGUCAGAGCUUCACAGUGUGCAGACUCAGCUGGAUAUCGAGAAAAAGCGCUUCAAGCAGAUGCAGGUGGACCUGCAAAAGGAACUCAUGGGUGCUUUUGAUGAAAACACCAAACUUACAACUCUCCUGGAUGGAAAAGUCCCUAAAAACCUGGUAGAUGGCGUUAUUCUGGAGCGAACUGUAGCGGAGCUGAGGAAGGAGCUGGAGCAGCGUACACGGAGUGAAGCAGAACUGCAGUCCCAGAUGGAGCUGCUCAGACACCAGGAGGUCGUUAACCAGGAAAAGGUGAACAGCCUAACGCAACAGGUGUGUGAGCUGACGGAUCAACUCUGUGAGAUGCAGACCAAACGAAGUGAGCUGCAGCUGAUUCAGCAGGAGCUGCAGCAGGAGCUGCAGCAGGCCCAGGAGCGCCACGAGAAGCAACGAGAGGAGCUCCAGGAGAAGCUUGGAGAAGCCGAGGGUCUGCUCCAAGACGCGCUUCGCAAGGCUCAGGAGCAGCAGGAAGAGGCGUCGGCGCAGGCUCAGGAACAGCAGCGGCAGUACGAAGAGACGAUCCAGAUGAGUCAGGAGAAGCUUGAAGACACCCUGAAACACAUGGAAACUCUGGAGGAGGAACUGCAGAAGACCAAAGAACACGAAGAGCUUCUGGAAGGGGAACUGCAGAGGGCUCAGGAGCAUCUGCAGCAGCAACAGGAAUCGCUUCAGCAGGAAGUGCAGAGCUUGCAGGAGAGACAUCAACAGGAGUUGCAGGACGCUCGUGAACAUCAACAGGGCGAUUUCCAGAGCGCCAAACAGCUGUUGCAAGAGGACUUGGAAAAAGCUCUGGAAGGGCAACAGAAGCUGCAAUUGGAGCUACAGGAGGCUCGGGCGCAGCAUGAAAGCUUGCAGCUGGAGCUUAGUCAGUCUCAAGAGCGUCAGCAGAACCAGGAGGCAGAUAUGGAGAGAGCACAGGAGCAGAGAGCACAACUAGAACAGGAGCUUCAGCAGGCUCAGGAGAAGCAGGAACAGUUGCAGCAGGAGCUUAACGAAGUUCAAGAGCGUCUUCAGAACCAUGAGGAAGAGUCGAAGAGAGCACAGGAGCAGCGUGACGAGCUAGCACAGGAGCUCCAGAGGACUCGGGAGCAGCUUCUGGACAAUCAGACCUCCCAAGAGCCUGGUGUGGACUCAGAGGAGCUGGCGAGGCUUCGCGCUGACCUGUCUGCUGUAGCAGCGCAAAAAGCAGAACUGGAGGAGAUUCUGGAGGGCAUCAGAGAGGAGAAAAAUCAGCUGAAGAGAGACCUGGAGGAAAACGUGGACAUGUGUGUGCAGGCCCAGUCUGAGCUUAUGGCGUUCCAGAAUAGGCUGCCAGACACCUCCAACGCAGAAGACCAGAUGAUGACCACACCAGAGACGACAGCUGAACUGGAGCGCUUGCGUUCGGAGGUGGCCUCCCUCUCUGCAGCCCUGCAAAAGCAAAAGGAAAGCCAGGAUGAACACCAGAUGGCUGGAGAGCAGCUGCAGACAGAGCUCCAGAAGGCUGUAGUAGACGAUCAUCAUCAGCAGGAGUUGGUCCAGGCACAGGAGCAGCAGCGUUGCCUGCAGGAAGAGCUCGAAAAGACCGAGGAACUGCUGCAACAAGCUGUCCAAAGAGAGCGGGAGCAGCAGGAGAGGUUGCAGCAGGAGCUGCGGGCGGCCGAGGAGCGUUACGAGACCUUGCAGCGGCAACUCGACGAGACUCGGGAGCAGCAGCAGCGGAAGGAGGAGGAGCUGUGCAGAAGCCAGGAGCAGCAAGAGGAGCUGAGACGAGAGCUUCAGCACGCCCGUGAGAACCAGGAAGCGCUGGUGCUGGCGCAACAGCUUCACAACAACAACAACACCCAGGAGGAGGAGAGACCUCAACAGGAACAGGAAGAGCAAGAGCUCAUGGUGCAGGAGCUGCAGAAGGCCACAGAGGAGCAGCGUCGGCAAGAGCUGCAAGAGGUCCAGCAGCAGAAAGAGCGUCUCGAGGAAGAGCUUAACAGUGCUUUGGAGCAGCAGCUGAGUCUGGAGACGGACCUCCAGAAAGCCCAAGAGCUGCAGGAGCAGCUUCGGCUGGAGAUGCAGGACGCUCAACAACACCACAGCCUGAAGAUGCAGGAAGCUCAGGAGCAGCAGAAACGCCUGGAACAGGAUCUCCUCGCCAAAGAGGAGCUACUGCAGGAGAAGAUGCUGGAAGCUGAGGAGCAGCAGAAACGCUUGGAGGACGACAUCCGUGAGAAAGAGGACUUGUUGCAGCAGAAGAUGCUGGAAGCUCAGGAGCAGCAGAAGAGCUUGGAACAGGAUCUCCUGGCCAAAGAGGAGCUGUUGAAGCAGAAGAUGGAGGAAGCUCAGGAGCAGCAGAAACGUUUGGAGCAGGAUGUCCUGGCCAAAGAGGAGCAGCUGAAGCAGGAGGCGCAGCGAGCGCAAGAGGAGCAGGAGCAGAUGCACGAGGAGAUGCUUAGGCUGCACGAGCGGCUCCAGCAUCACGACUCGCGGGCGUCCGGCGCCUUCGGGGAGCUGCAGAGCCUCCAGGCGGAGCUGCAGAGCCUCCAGGCGGAGCUGAGCGCGCAGCAGGCCCAGAGGGGGGAGCUGCAGGAGAUCCUGCAGGGGCUCCGGGAGGAGAAGCAGCAGCUCCAGACGCGGCUGGAGGAGAACAUGGACAUGGCCCAGGCACAGCUGGAGGAGCUGAGGCAGGAGAGGAGUCGCAUGCAGACUGACCUGCAGAGCAGCACCGAGACGGCAAGUGACCUCAAGGUCCAAAUCCAGAGUUUGACCGAAGAGAAGCAACAUCUACUCUCGAGGAUCCGAUCCCUGACUGAGGGAAAUGAUGCGUCACAGGCCCUCCAGGAGGACCUCUCCCAGCUCCGCUCCGAGCUCCUCUCAGUCACCACCGACCGAGAGCAGCUGCAGGAGAGACUGGCGGAGGUGGAGAGGAGGCGCACGGAGGAGGUGCGGGGGCUCAAGGAGGCGGAGGAGGAGAGGCGAGAGGAGGUCAGGAGGCUGACCUUUGACCUGGGAGCCCAGAGAGAAGAGCUGCAGCAGCGACUAGAGGAGGAGAGGAGCAGACUCCAGAGGGAGAUGGAAGACCACGCUGACCUGGCCAAGCAGAAGUUGAAUGAGCUGGAGGCGGUUCAACAAGAGAAGGCAAAACUACAAUCAGAGCUGCAGAACAGCUUGGACACAGUGGAGGAGCUGCAGUCCCAGCUGGCGUGCCUGAAGGAGAAGACCCACAGUCUCCUCAGGGACAACUCCACAGCACAGGCCCUCCAGGAGGACCUGUCCCAGCUCCGAUCCGAGCUCCUCUCCGUCACCGCAGACCGAGAGCUGCUGCAGGAGAGACUGGUGGAGGUGGAGAGGAGGCGCACGGAGGAGGUGCAGGGGCUCAAGGAGGCGGAGGAGGAGAGGCGAGAGGAGGUCAGGAGGCUGACCUUUGACCUGGGAUCGCUGCGGGCUAGGAGUGCAGAGCUGCAGCAGCGACUGGAGGAGAGCCAGGAAGAGCAGGAACGCAGCAGAGAGCAGGAGGAGAGGCAGGAGGACAACGCGGAGCUGGUGCGGAGAGACCAAGAAGCCCAACAGAAACUACAGGUGUGGCUGAAGCAGAUGCAGGUCUUGGCCCAGCAGAAGUUGACGCAGGGCAUGCAGUGCUGGACGGCGGGGCUGCUGGCCUCCUCGGUGCAGACGGAGAGGAAGCUGGCCCAGCCCCUGAUGACUCAGAUGCCCCAACUGGAGGCCGCCAUCUCCAACCUGGAGCUCACCACCCAGCACCUGCAGAACCUCAUGACCGACCACCUGGUGUCGCUACAGAAGCUGUGUGUAGGCUACAAGAAGCACUACGAGGAUGUGUGGAAGCAGGAGGCUCAAGAUGGCCUCCAGAGCUCCCUGCUGGAUAGAAGAGAGCACCGCCUACAGAAAAUGGCGGUGGUGGCCCAUCAGAUGGAGAAGAAGGUGGCGGAGUUCAAGACGGUGAUGGAGGAGGAGCUGAGGCACCGCAUGAAGCGCAACAACCGGCUGCGGGACCUGCUGGGGCCCACAGCCGCCGACCCGGAGGCCCUCCACCAGCACCUCACCGAAGGCACCAACCACCGCAUAGAGCUGGCCAAGCGCAUCAAGCCCACCUGCCUGGCCCUACGCAAACAGCUGAAGGAGCUGGAGAGUCUUGUGGCGAGUGCUGCAGAGAAGCAGAGCAGGGAUGACACCACCUCCUCGUCCUCGUCCUCGUCAGCGAGAGCCAGCCCUGUGCAGCCACCCCAGAACUCCCAGCAUGCCCUACUCCAGGAGGACUACCAAAAGCUCCGCACCAGACUGGAGGAGGCCCUUGGGGACAUACAGUCUUUAAAGAAGGCGCUACAGGAGGCUAAGGAGGCCCACGAGGCGUCAUUGCAGCAGUGCAGUCAACAGCAGCUCCAACUGAGAGAACUGCAGGACUCCCUGACCCGCACACAGGACUCCCUGACACGCACUCAGAAUACGCUGACGGAGACCAAGAUGACGCCCACUACAGAGGAGAUGCAGAAGAUGAAGGCUCGUCUGAUCAACAUGGAGCUCCAGAGCACCAAACUCAACACCAGCCACCAGCAAGAGCUGGAGAGGAUGACGUCGGUGCUGAAGCACAAAGAGGAGCUGAUCCGCAAGCUGAAGGAGGAGCUGAGGACCAAGCACCAGGACGUGGAGGGCUCAUAUGUGGAGGAUGGCCACUCCUCUCAGGUGGAGAUUCAACAGCUGCAGAAGAAAGUUGCUGAAUUGGAGAGCUCCCUGACUGCCCAGCUGGAGGAGGUUGAGAAGUGGAAGAGGCGCGCGUACAAACUCAAAGACAAAGACAGCCGGCGUUACGCUGGCCUGCACACCCCUACCAAAGCCACGCAGCAGCAGCAGCAGCAGCAGCUCUCCCCCUCCCCCUCUAAGCACACCACCACCACCCCCACCAAGCGCACCCGUCCGCCCACCCCUACCAAGCCCAAGCUGCCCGCCCCAGUCCCGGCCCAGGUCCAGGCACACGCACACGCACAGCCGUCCCCCAGCAAACGCGCGCCUCUGACGGGCUCCCCGGCGGCGCGCCACGUCAACUCUCCCCAGAGGCCCCUGUUCAACUCGCCCAAGAGCCUGUUCUUCGACAUGCCACUGGGGGCCCAGGGGCCCGGCCUCGCGCGCCCCAGGGGCUUCUUUGAUAACUCGGGCCUAGGCACGACGACAGGGGGAGCCAGUGCAAUGAUGAAGGACCUGUGGCCCAAGUCCCCUAAACAGGGCUCUCAGUGUGAGACCCAGUGAGGACCAAACCUGCUGUCACCCCACCCUCCAACUGUCUGUGUUAUUUGUACACUUUUCUAUGUUUUUCUUAAUGUUCUUACUCUGUUUUGAUGUUUUUCUUUUUCAUCUGUUUCUGUUUGUUGGUGUCUGUUUUUAAAUGCAUUUUAGAUUUUUUUAAAUUUUUAAAAAAGUUUUCAAUUAAAGAACUUAAAUAUUGUU